GUCGCGCCAGACAUGCCACCUAUGCCACCAAUAUGACUGCAAAGAAAGCAAAGGGAAUGUCGCAACACUUGAUAACAGGUCUGGGCAGACGAGGAGCCAUAAAGGAGUCAGCAAAAAGGAGCAUGAAAUGGUCCUAGAGUCGUAUCAAGCUAUAUAGCCUCGCAGGAUGUCCCCCUUCAUGUCCCCAUCGUUCCGCUGAUCUCUUCUCGACAUUGGCAUUCGGAUUUCUAACCAGCCUCAUAUUCGAUAUGGCUCGUACCAAGCAAACUGCGCGCAAGUCCACAGGAGGCAAAGUUCCGCGACUACAGCUCGCGUACAAGGAGUCUAGGAAGAAGACUGGAAGGUUGAUGCCGAAAACGACGAUGAGUAGCCAAGGUGUCAAGAAACCUCAUAGAUUCAGACCAGGCACUGUCGCCCUUCGUGAAAUCAGGCGUUACCAGAAAACUACCGAGCUCCUCAUCCGUAAACUACCCUUCCAGAGGCUUGUGCGCGAGCUGGCCCAAGAAAUCAAGAGCGAACUCCGCUUCCAAUCCUCUGCACUUAUGGCACUCCAGGAGGCUAGCGAGGCAUAUCUUAUUUCUCUAUUCGAGGAUACGAAUAUGGCAGCCAUUCAUGCCAAGAGAGUAACAAUUCAACCUAAAGACCUUGCUCUUGCACGUCGCCUCAGGGGUGAGCGCAAUUAAACCAAAGGCAUCCAAUCUGCCUUCAUCAUCAAUCAUUAGUGUAUCGUAGUACCUCAUCAUGACCUGUAUGCAAAGAAAGCAUGUAUCAAGUUGUUGUAUGUGUUAUGUUGUAACACCUUAAAAUGUAACAAUCUACCGUUCGAAAU